AUGCCUUCCACACCUCAGGACGACCGCAGCGCACCCAUGGCCGCCUCGCGCUCGGUCUCCCAGGCGCUGCUCGCCAGCCAUGAGUACCGCCGCUGGUGCAAGCGCUAUCGCACCGAAAUCGCCGCAAGCUCCAGCAGUCUGCUUUCCACCAUCACGGCUUAUCCUCUCGACUCCGUGAAGACACGCAUGCAAACGUACAGCAACAGGUUCACCGGCGUCGUCGACUGCGUCCAGCAAACCUACAGGAACGAGGGCACCAAGGGCUUCUGGCGCGGCGUGCUCUCCCCGUUGGCGAGCAUCACUCUGGUCCGCACCGUCUCGUUCUCCGUCUACCAACGCGCCAAGUACACCUACGAUACAUGGAUGACACACGCGACGGGCAUCUCUCCGCUGGAGAGGGCGAACACGAGGGGCGCGCGGCCCAACUUGAACACCAUGUCGUGCUUCUUCACGGCUGGCGCUACGGCCGGUGCCGUCAUCACGUUCAUUGCUUGUCCGUUCGAGUUGACAAAGAUGAGCGCUCAGAUCUCCGUUCUCGCCCAGUGCAAGGAGGGCGGCGCAAAGCCCAAUCCUAUCGUCCAGAGUUACGCCGAGCUUGGCACUUUCCGCACCGCACAGAUGGUCGUCAAACACCGUGGUUUGGGAGGUCUUUACGCCGGAGUCCACUAUCACUUGCUCCGCGACACGAUCGGCACCGGCAUCUACUUCAUGACGUAUGAGAGCUCCAAGCAGCUACUCGCCAACGCUCGCGGAAACUCCCCGACGUCUCCCUUCGCGGUGGUUGUCGCCGGAGGCCUCUGCGGUCUCGUGAGCUGGGCCUGCAUCUACCCCAUUGACACGGCGAAGAGCAUCUAUCAACGCAACUGCUUCACCCAGCACAGGGAUCGUACCACGAAGCAAAAGAUCCAGUUCUUCAAUCCUCGCAUGUACAAGGGCAAGUCAUUCUUGGAUUAUGUCGGAGGCACGGGCAUCCCUUAA